GCUGUCUGAUAUUAAGACUAGCAGAAUUAUUUUGGAAAAGCAGGAAAAGCAAGAAAAGCGUGAUGGAUGAACUUCUUCCAGUAGCUUUACCGAUUGGACGUCCAGGUAUUAAUAGUGAUCUUGAAGAAGACCAUGGGAGGGCACCAGCAACUGCUGAAGAAUAUUUACUACGUGUUAGAAAUGAAGCAAGGCAAACCCCAGAUGUUGUAGUAGCACACCUUGACCGGGAUACCUUGAAAAGCAAGCAGACAGUUGUUGUCUCAAAUUCUACAGGUUUCAGCCCUGCUCCUCGAGGGUUUGCUCCUACCACAAUGUGGCAGCGUCGGCAGUCUGCAUCCUUCUCAGAACUGCGUCAGAGGCUAGCUGGAGUCACGGCUAGGAUAGCGGGAGAGAGAAAGGAAAAGAUGGAAUUGCCAAAGUACAAAGAUGAGGACUCCUGGUGUCAGUUCUGUUUGGGGCGGACAUUCCUGGAUAGGAUGAGAGCAAAGCAGGGGAGACCUCCGGUAGAUGAUGAAGAAGAGAAUAUAUGCGGUCAGGUGACCAUGACCACGCCCGUCCCACCAUUGGUCACCGUCAUCAGUUCACUCGACCAGGCAAUGGUACAGAAGUUGCUUGAAUACCAUGUGGAGUGGUUGGAAAUGCUGGGUUUCUCUAUAGCGCAGGGGUGCUGGCUGUUUGCUCUCCUGUCUUGCUUUGAGAAACCUCUUUUAGCCGACUCUACGGCUACCAUACGAACCCUCUCCAGGCAUUGUGCUACUCUAAGAGCUGUGAUGGACUCAAAUACAGAAGAGAAUCUAGUAGCGCUCAAUCUUAUAAUUAGCAUCAUCGCACGAUACUUUGAUCAGACAGACUUGGCAGACAAUGGAUGAUUUCAUCCUCCAAAAGACACUCCUCAUGGUGAUACUAUGCCGUCUUGCUGUUGUGCCAGGGGUUACAUGAACGAUAUUACCUGAUGGACACAUGCUGAUCUGUUUUCAACCAGCCAGAAUUAAAAGUGACAUGUGUGAUGGUUAGUCUCUUUAUACCACUCUUAAUAGAGACACUCUGAACUCUGAAUGACACAAAGUAACCACACAUGAGCUAUACCUGGCAAGAGAACAAGGUUUCUUUAUUCACAAGAUCUUAUGGAAUGUAGAUAGAUAGAUGCCACUAUACAGUAACACGUUUCAUGCAAUUGAUAUCAUAUUGUAACAUCCCUUCUGUUUUUUUAAUUGAGAAUUAGUUGUGCCCCUGACACUGGUAUUUGUGCGACACAGCAUGCACAAUGUGAACAUCCCCUUGCAAGAGCUGUGCCCGUGUCCUGGAUUAUUCACAUGCCUAACAAAUAUCAAGGCACCUCUGUGAGGCAAGAUUGGGUUCCUGUAGCAUGGCCCGACUCCUGUGCAACCCCUGUUAACAUAUACUUUUAACAGGAUUGUAGAUAAUUGGUGAAAAUUUUACUCGUUAAGAUGGUACGACUUUUAGAGACCUAUAGUAUUUUCAUAAGAAAAUGAAAUGACAAGUGAUUAAACUUAACAACAGACACUUUGAAGAUAUUUUGUGUUUUUGUG